AUGCGCGCGGCGACAGCCUACCAGAUCGUGGUCUCGACGCCGGCGAACUCGAAGGAGGCGGGCGAGACCUUCGGGCUGUCGUUCGCCUACACGGACUCCGGGGGCACGACGGGAGACCUGACGAGCUUCGACAUCGAGCUGCGCAGCCACGACAGCGCGGACGCGACGACGGGCUGCGGGGACGAGGCCCUCGCCUCCCUCUGCACCCGCGAGGCCGCGGGCGUCUGCAGCGACUCGGACGGCUCCUACGACGUGCAGAUCCCCGAAGACGCCGAGGCCGGCAAGUACUCGAUCAAGAUCAUGCUCGCGGACGACGAUUCCGUGUACGCCUGCACAGACGCGUUCAACGUCACCAGGCCCACGGGCGAGGAUGGGCUGGCGAUCCUGGCCGGCGAGGCCAGCGUGAGCGAGGUCGAGGUGGAAGCCGCCUCGUCCACCUACCUGGAGCAGGGCGCGGCCUUCACCUCCCGCUGGGUGUACGACGACGGCGGCGGCGCGGGCGGGGGAACUUUCGAGAUUAACCUCAACGCCUGCGGGGAUGAGGGUGCCUGCGAAAACGGAGGGUGCGGGACCUUCUCGACGGCCCUCUGCGGCGACGCCGGCUGCUACGACCCCGGCACUGGCGACUACGACGUGACCGUCCCGGCCGACCAGGCCGUCGGCGAGUACAAGCUCGAGGUCGUCAGCGCCGACGACACGGACGUCUCGAGCUGCACGGCCUCGAGCUUCCUCGUGGUGGAGGCCGGGGGCGCGCCCGCGGUAAGCCCGACAGAGACCCCCGUCGAUGAGACGCCGGCCCCGUCGCCGCCGCCGCUCCCGACCUUCGCGCCGGUGGCGCCUACGCCGGCUCCGGUGACAGCUGCGCCGGUGGCGGCGCCUGUGGCUUCGAGCUCUAGCAGCGAGCCGGUGGCGGCGCCGGUGGCGGCGCCGGUGGCUUCGAGCUCUAGCAGCGAGCCCGGGAGUCCGGGAUUCCCGCCCACGCCGGUGCCCGACAAGGUGGUUUGCGACGACUCGGCCGAGCUGAGCUUCGUCUACACCCUCGAGGACACGAAGAGGCCCCUUGUUACGGUGGCUCACGCCAGCGGAGACCGAUCCGAGGCCGGGUGUCUCACCCUCACCAAGCUCUACGACUGGCUGGCCACGGAGCCCGCGGAUGUCCCCACGGGCAUGCUUCUGACGGUGGACUCGACGACGGAAACCGCGGUCAACGGUACUACGGCGACGCCCACGGGUAUCUGGCUGCUGGACACGUCGGUGGUGAUCACGAACGGCGUCACCUUCGAGAUCAAGGGCACCAGCAUCGGCGGCGACUGCGACGAGCUCAAGUUCAGUAGCACGAAGAAGGCGUGGAACCGAAUCAUGGGUCACGGCGGCAACAUCGACAUCGACUCGACGGUGGUGAGGAGCUGGGACGCCUCCAAGACUCUGGACCACAUCCUCAAGGAUAGCGAUGACGGCACGACCAACCGAUCCUUCAUCGCGUGCGUGAGCGAGGUGGUGGUUGAUGCGGACGAGACGUGCGACGGCACGGCGCAGAACGACAUGGGGGAGUGCCGGAUGGACAUCGUCGACAGCACUGUGGCCUACUUCGGGUACGACGAGACCGAGAGCUACGGGAUCACGUGGAAGGUGCGCGGCCUGUGCGACGAUCUGAGCAACAAGGACACGCUGUUCGACUCGGUUCGCGUCUACGGCGACAUGAAGAACUCCGACAUCUACGGCAUGUGGUACGGGCACUACAGCUACGGCCACCUCGGCGGAGUGUGGACGGACAACCUCAUGCACGACAACCACGUGUACGGGUUUGACCCACAUGACGACAGCGACUACCUCACCAUCUCUGGCAACACGUGCUACAACAACGGCAACCACGGCAUCAUCGCGUCCAAGCGGUGCGACCACCUUCUCGUCGAGAACAACGAGUCCUACGACAACGGCGGGAGUGGUAUCAUGCUCCACAAGAGCUGCGACGACUCUAUCGUCCGAGGAAACACGGUCUAUAGCAACGGGGACGCGGGGCUCUCUUUGGUGGAGACCUCGAACUGCGUCGUGUCGGACAACGAGUUCACGGACAACCGGUGGGGGUUCCGAAUCAUCUUGGGGUCUACCGGCAACGUCUUGGACAGCAACAUCUUGACGGAGAACACGUACUCCGACAUAUACUCGUACUAUGGUGCUGACGAAGAGGUGCCCGAGGUGGAACCGUUCACCGGCAUCAACACGGACAACACCUACAGGUUCUUGAAUUCCGACAACACGCACGUGGUGGACAACACGGGAGACGCGGCCAGCGGAGAGUUGGACGACAUCACGAACUCGUGCUUCACGGCUGAGUCGAACCGUACACCGGUGUGCUAAAGUGGAAAAAGGAAACAGAGAACCCCUUGAACAAAAAGAACGAACUCCAGUCACAGUCCUUGACAAGAACGAAACGCACACUUUGAGGGGGGGCUACGGUUGGUCCGUUCAAGGGGGAUUAGGUUCUUUUCGGCGCGGAUACGGCGCCCCCGGGGAGAUGAGACACAGUGAGACGCACGCUCUCUUGGGAGCUGUGCCCACAAUGGCACUCCGUUCUCACCCAUGUGGAGGUCAGGGGAAUGACCAGGACAAGGGUAAGGAAAAAUAGUGCACGGCAAGGUUGGCUUGCUUGAGGAGGUCGCGCGGUUAUUUGCCCGGGGGGAGAAAACUGGAAACGCCUUUCUUUCCAUCUGUUUCACGUUCACGCUUCUAAAACGGCGCCGUAGAGUCCUUGUGCUUUUUCGAGCCUGUACGAGACGUGCGGCCUGUUUGGUGAACCUUUAUCUGUUGUGUCUGGCCCGCCCGUGCGCAUGUGUCGUCCUCGUGUCUUCGGUUGUUCGUUGGUCGUUUUCUCGUUCGCUGGGUGGUGGUGUUGAGGUGCAGGUUUAUGAGGCAUUUGGUCUCAUCACUUCUUUUUCUUUUUUUCUCUCGCUCUCGUAUUAGUUUUUGGUUCUGACGUUGAGUUCGCCUUGACCAAGAUUGGGGGAGGGGAGACGGGGGGGGGGGAGCUAUAGCGCACGCUGCUGGUGCUGCUGGUGCUGCUGGUUGGCCGCAUUCGUUUGUUGUCGAUGGUCGUUUCGCAGACCGUGAGUGAAAAUAUAAGUAUUUGUCUCAUGUAUAGACUGCCUGAUUGAUGGCUGGUUUGGUGCAGACAGUGUUGAUUGCCCAAGUUUUUUUUAAUUCUUUCGUGUGUGUUUUCGUGCCUGCCCUCUGUGUUCGGUGUUAACCUCGUCGUCCUCGUAUGGUUAUUUUUUUGUUCAAUUUUGAUGGGGGAUUUCGCGAGGUUAGUGCCCUCGUCCUGCUUGUGUUUUCGUGUGUGUGUGUUGUGCUACGUUCGGAGCACGGCGUGGGCGGCAUUGUUCAAGUUUGUGGGGUUGUAGCUAGCGGCUUUGAAGGAGGGCGCCGAUGACAAAAGCAAGCAACGUACACCCGCAUGUGUCGAUGUAGUUGUGUACAAGUCGUGUAAAUUCGGGCUAGGGGGGGGGGGGGGGACAGGUUGGCUCCUCAGCAGCAAGCGGUAGUUUUAUUUUGAAGCCCUGUCUGGGUUAUGACCGAUUGGCCCUUGGGCCUUUCGCCAAAGCUG